AUGAAGACUCAGCACGUCGCACUCCCCGGGCUUCAGCUCGCAGCUGUUGCUUUCUUGGCCGCAGUCGCCGAAGCCAAGCCUUUCUGCACCGACGCCGCCGGCAAAGUCGUCGCUACCGCCAACUGCGUGGGCGCCGACAAGGCCAACUUCAACCUUGUCGAGUUCAACGGCGACCUGAAGGUCGGCGAUGAAGUCCCCAACGACCCCGCCAACCCAGUCGCCCGCGACGUCAACUCCGGCCUCGUCAGCGGCGGAUUCGGGCGCCGUCAGGAUUGCGACCCCAACACCGAGAGCUGCAGUGGAAGGGGACCCAUUGGUGGCUAA